UCUGUCAAGAUCCCACGGGAGCCCAAGCCUGGAGAGUUCGACAAAAUCAUCCGCCGCCUCCUGGAGACUUCCCACGCACGGGCGGUCAUCAUCUUUGCUAACGAGGACGACAUCAGAAGAGUGCUGGAAGCGGCCAAGAGGGCGAACCAGACAGGGCACUUCAUCUGGAUGGGCUCAGACAGUUGGGGCUCCAAGAUCUCCCCGGUGCUGCACCUGGAGGAAGUGGCUGAGGGCUCUGUAACCAUCCUGCCCAAGCGUGUGUCUGUCAAAGGUUUCGAUCGCUACUUCUCCAGCAGAACACUGGACAACAACCGCCGCAACAUCUGGUUUGCUGAAUUUUGGGAGGAAAACUUCCACUGCAAGCUGAGCCGACACGCGCUGAAGAAGGGCAGCAGCAUCAAGAAGUGCACCAACCGGGAGCGGAUCGGCCAGGACUCCUCAUACGAGCAGGAGGGCAAGGUGCAGUUUGUCAUCGACGCCGUCUAUGCCAUGGGACACGCUCUGCACAACAUGCACAAGAACCUGUGCCCCGGCAAGGUGGGGCUGUGCCCCAGGAUGGACCCGGUGGACGGCGUGGAGCUGCUCAAGUACAUCCGCAACGUCAACUUCUCAGGCAUUGCUGGGACCCCAGUGACCUUCAAUGAGAAUGGAGAUGCACCAGGACGAUACGACAUCUACCAAUACCAGAUCAGGAACUCCACUCCUGAAUACAAAGUCAUCGGGCACUGGACCGACCACCUCCACCUGAAGGUGGAGAACAUGCUGUGGCCAGGGGGUGGGAGCCAGCUCCCCAGCUCCAUCUGCAGCCUGCCCUGCAAGCCUGGCGAGAGAAAGAAGCUGGUGAAAGGCAUCCCCUGCUGCUGGCACUGCGAGCGCUGCGAUGGCUACCAGUACCAACUGGAUGAGUUCCACUGCAAGCGGUGCCACUUCAACGAGCGGCCCAACGAGAACCACACCAGCUGCACGCCCAUCCCCAUCAUCAAGUUGGAGUGGAGCUCCCCGUGGGCUGUGGUACCCGUCUUCAUUGCCAUCGUGGGCAUCAUCGCCACCCUCUUCGUGGUGGUCACCUUCGUGCGCUACAACGAUACGCCCAUCGUCAAGGCGUCGGGGCGGGAGCUCAGCUAUGUCCUGCUGACGGGCAUCUUCCUCUGCUAUGCCACCACCUUCCUCAUGAUCGCCGAGCCUGAUCUGAGCACGUGCUCCUUGCGACGCAUCUUCCUCGGGCUGGGCAUGAGCAUCAGCUACGCCGCGCUGCUCACCAAAACCAACCGCAUCUACCGCAUCUUCGAGCAGGGCAAGAAGUCGGUGAGUGCCCCGCGGUUCAUCAGCCCCGCUUCCCAGCUGGUCAUCACCUUCAGCCUCAUCUCGCUGCAGCUCGUGGGCGUCUGCAUCUGGUUCAUCGUGGACCCGUCCCACUCUGUCAUUGACUACGAGGACCAGCGGACUACAAACCCCCACUUUGCUCGGGGCAUCCUCAAAUGUGACAUUUCGGACCUCUCCCUCAUCUGUUUGCUUGGGUACAGCAUGCUUCUCAUGGUCACCUGCACUGUGUAUGCUAUUAAGACCCGCGGGGUCCCGGAGACCUUUAACGAAGCCAAACCCAUCGGGUUCACCAUGUACACUACUUGCAUUGUGUGGUUAGCCUUCAUCCCUAUAUUUUUUGGGACGUCGCAGUCAGCAGAGAAGAUGUACAUCCAGACCACGACGCUCACCAUCUCGGUGAGUCUGAGUGCCUCAGUGUCCCUGGGCAUGCUCUACAUGCCCAAGGUGUACAUCAUCCUCUUCCACCCGGAGCAGAACGUCCCCAAGCGCAAGCGGAGCCUGAAGGCGGUGGUGACGGCGGCCACCAUGUCCAACAAGUUCUCUCAGAAAGGAGGCUUCCGUCCCAACGGAGAGGCCAAAUCAGAGCUGUGUGAAAACCUGGAAACACAAGCACUGUCCACCAAGCAGACCUACGUCAGCUACAGCAACCAUGCGAUUUAACUGCAGCCAUCACAACCGCCUGGCACAGAG